UAAUUUUGUGAUAGUGUGUCUGCGUAUAUAGGUGUGGGUUGGCUGGCACUGACUUGCGCAGGUAUGAAGAGAAAUCCAGCACAGUCCUGAGAGAGGAGGGAAACUCCAGCACUUCUUCACUUCACAAAACAAAAAUAACUCAGAAAACUCACACAAACACCUGUAAAAAAGGACAGUGUAAGAGGAAACCGUGGGAACGAGGAAGGGCUGUUUUGGAAGGAGAAAGGCGGAGAGGAGAAUGCUUCAAAAUGUGAAAUAACCUGGAGGAGAUUCUUCUACUGCGGUUCGACCAAUGGGUCUGGGAUUCCAAUGUGGCAUUUUAGGCUCUGGGAUGUACAAGAUGUUGCUGUGUUUCUCAGCAUCACAUUAUAUAUGUGUCACCUAGCUGGAGCCAUCUCCGUCCAUUCUCCCCAGAGGAGCCUCACCAGGUCAGUUCAGGAGGAUGUGUUUUUCUCAGUGGAUGUUACCUGCAUUGGGAUCCCCACCAUACAAUGGACCUUUAUGUCAGGAGCGGUGAGCCGCACCAUAGGGACUUGGCAGCCGGGGAUGUACACCAACAUAACGGUGGAUUACAGCAGCAGAGUGCAGCCCUACAACAAUGGCUCUAUGGGCCUGUCAGACCUGCGGCUGCAGGAUGCUGGAUACUACGUGGUCACUGUCACAGAAACAGCAGGAAGCAGCAAGGAUGCUGGCUUUGUCCUGAAAGUGAACGAGGUGCUGUAUGAGGACCUUCAGUACCUGUCUGUCUCUGCCUUGGCACUGGCCUGUUUGGCUGGCCUUUUCAUGCUGGCCAUGUGGCUACUAGACAAGGUCUACAGGAAGAUAGUGGCAUGGAGGUGCAGGAAACAGAUGCCAGAAAAUGAUGCAACAGAGCUGCAGACUCUUUGAUGGACGUCUAGCUGUGCUUUGUACCUGGCAUGAAAACACACCAGAGACUGUUCAAACUUGUCGGUGCUGCAACAAGGACUACUUUUUAAAAUUUAGGUGUUGUGUAUAUAAAAUAAGAGAGUAAUGUUUUUAGUUCAGCAAGUUACAUACAGCCAGAAAGACGGCUCUCAAUUAUGAAAAAAUGUGUACCAAGAAAACCUGUCAAUGUUUACAUUUUUGUAUUGAACACACUGCUAAUGACACUGGAUUGAAUGUAAAUAUAUCACUCGUGACAUUGGGAAACAA